CUACAAAAGCAGUUAAAGAAAACACUAAAAAAUAUUGAUAAGUUGAUACCAAAUGUGCAUUUACGCUCUCUUAAUUUACAAUUUGGCUUGGUAGUUCUAGAUACUAAGGUAUUUUCUAGGCGUGCGAUUUUUUAUUCAAAUUUAAGCGUUUUCGAAAUCCAAGACACGCAAAUAUUUUGAUCAAAGCAAGGCGAUAAUAAUUAAUCGGAAGGGUCGAUAAAUUUUGUUCGAACUUUUGUUUUUGUUGUUUUUGAUUUAACAUCCGGGACCUUUGCAUUUUGUAGCUUGUACCCAUAAUGCAUUGUUUUGUUUACACCUUUAAUGACCCUAUUGCCACGGCAUCGAUCAAGGUGUUUCAUGGUAAUAAAGUUACUAGAUAAAUAAUAUGUCUAUCUAAGCACUCUAUCGUAAAACAUCAAAUCAAAUCUUAAGUUUGCUUUUUUAUGAACUUAAGUUUGUCAACUUUCUCAUGUUGAAAGACACAAAAAGAGCUUUUUUUGGUUUGUUUUGAUGUGUCGGGAUCCGUGAAAUUGUAAUGCGAAUAAAAUGGCGGCUAUCAUGCGACGGCCACGAGCGAGACCAUAAAAAAUGAAAUUCGGCUUCUCACUCAAAACUAAACCGACUCUUUAUGCUAAUAAUAAGAAUAUGCAUGGAGAAAAGUAUGGUCGAAGACUCAUCCGCAAGUAUAAAAAACCAAACUGGUAAAAUAAAAAGCUCGUUGGUCUGCAAAGAUGUACAAUUAAUUGAAAGUAAAAAGACAUUGCAUGCUAAUGGAAAGUUUAAAACAAUUCCAGAUGCCAUUACAUGGAAUGAAUCUGGAAAGAAAAUAAAGAGACGGUUAGAAGAUCAUUUGCCCAACGAUAAUAAGAAACCUAAAACUGACAACGAUGAUACUGUGGAAUUACUAGAUGAACUUAAAGAAGAAGUAUUUAAUUGGGAAAAGUAUAUAGAAGACACAGGCUCGAGAGAAGUGCCAAGUUCUGUUUUUAAACAUGUUGUACCAGAGUGUAUGUGUGGAUUUGAACCUGGUAUGAAGCUUGAAGUGCCAAACAAAGACUACAGGAAUACAUACUGGCUAGCAACCAUCAUUACCAAAGCUCCACCAUUAAUAUUAGUUCGAUACGAAGGUUUUCAACAAUGCAAUAAUGCCGACUUUUGGUGUAAUACGCUGUCUGAUGAUCUGCAUCCAGUGGGUUGGUGUGCACGAACUAAACAUGCUUUAAAGCCACCAAAGUCAAUCCAACACAAAGAGAAGAACUGGUAUGCUUAUCUUAUCAAACACUUAACUGGAGCAAGAAAGGCAUCAGAAUCAUUAUUUUUAAAAAAAUCACACCCUGCACACUACCUUCGCGCUGGUCAAUACGUUGAAGUAUUAGAUGCAUAUAACCCCACCUGUUAUUGGCUGGCAAGAAUUGUGGAAGUCUUCUCUGGCCGAUUAAAUUUGCAGUAUGAAGGUUUGGAAGAAAAAAAAACUGAAUUGUGGUGUUAUUAUUUGAACGAGAAUCUGAGACCGGUCGGGUAUGGAAUCAAACAUGGAUUAACAUUAUACCCUCCGCAAGGUUAUUUUACAUUUACUCAUGCUCAAUUUAGCCGCAUCACUGAGAAAUUACUUUCUUUGUCAAAAAGAACUGAUAAUUCUUUAUUUAAAGCAUUAUUUGUGGGCUGGCCGAACAAGAUAGAGCAUAAUCUACGUUUGGGCAUGAAACUUGAAGCCCUCCAUCCCAACGACCCAACAUCCAUAUAUGUCGCCUCUGUGGCACGUAUUUUCGACAACUAUUAUUUUCUUGUGAAAGUAGAUAAUCUUUUGUCGACACAAGAUGAUUUGAUUUUGAACUCUUUCGUGGCACAUAGAAACUCACCUUGCAUUUUUCCCAUUGGUUUUUGCACACGGAACGGUGUCACAUUGCACCAACCAAAAGGUUACAUUGGGAAAUUUACCUGGGAUGGAUAUUUAAAGUAUACAAAGUCAGAACCCAUUCCUGAGUCAUUUUUUGCACAGAUAUAUGACGAUGUAAAGCUAGAAGUGGGAAUGAAGUUGGAAGCUGUUGAUAAAGAAAACAGAGGAAAUAUAUGCGUCAGUACUAUUUCAAAAGUAGUUGGACGCCAUAUUUGGUUGAACAUUGAUGGUGAUACGCGCAGUGAUCAGGUGUUUCAUGUUGAUUCGCAUGACAUUUUUCCUGUUGGAUGGUGUGAAGCAACCGGACAUGAACUGCAAUGGCCAAGACCAAACACUUUGGAACAGAAGAAUCGAAUAUCAAGUUUAAGACACACUGCUACGCGUAAAAAUCGUCUCGAAGUUUUACGUAAGGGAAAAUUACACGACAAAAGCUCCGACGCGAAAGAUUCAAAGAAAGAUAAACCAAAAGAAAAACGGCAAAAGUCGCGUCACUAUUUAAAAGGUCGUCGUGGGGUUUCAAGAAACCGAGUGACGUACGAUGACAAAAACGAUACGACAACCGACACGUCAAUUGCAAUCGUUUGUAUAAAUCGACUCGCUGAAGAGUACAACUCAGAAGAGAGUAUUAAACGUCAUUUCCAUCUUGACGCCGACGGACGUCUUCCGGCUGAAGUUGUAACUAUUGACGAUGACGACGAUGAUGUGGAUAAAUCUAAAACAGAAGACAAUGAUCCGUGUAAAUACUCGGCAGCAGAUUUAAGUUUUUUAAGUUUUAUUCGCGUCAAACCAAACGAUCUUAGUAAAAAGGAAGAUGAAAUGUUUGAGAAAAACCUUCACGACAACGACGGCAACCAAGGGAGCGAUGUCGACUAUUUACUGUCGCCAAACUCAAGUCGCGAAAGGCGUUCACUGAACAGUGUUGUUGCUAUGCUUCGUGCUACUCGCCGUUCGCAGACCAAAUCUCAUUUGCUUGAUCAAUACAAGCAAAGCAAAUCCAAAAAAACUGAACAACCAAGUCAGUCUAUUAAUCGAGAGAAGCCGCAUAAACAGGAUGCUGCCAAAACUGUGAUUGAUCUAUGUGAUGAUAUGGGAGACGACGAGGAAAGCACACUCAUUGUCGAUACGAAAGUUGCCACUCAAGAUAACUCCAUAAAAAUUCCCGGCAAGGGCGAUUACCGUAUUGUGGAAAAAAUCGUGACAAAGCGAGGCGAUAAAAGUAAAAUUAUCCUUAAGCUGGGCAAAGCGUUACAAACUGACCAUGUAUUUACUCCAAAUCGGCCAACAAAUUCACAAACGGCCAACAUGGCUGCCACUAAUGUGGAAGACAUGCAUACGUUGUCCAACAUGGCACGCUCGCACCCAGGACUGGACGAGAUAAUGAGACAUCGUUUCGUUAAAGUACGAAACAUCUGCAAAGAUUUACCCAAAAAUCCAUUAGUUUGGACUAAAAAACACGUUGCAUCUUUUAUCACGACGGCUGGGGAAGAGAAGUAUGCCAAGCUGUUCUACGAUCAGGAGGUUGACGGCCAUUCUCUUCUUUUACUCACCGUGCAGGAGAUCCACCACAUUCUCGGCGUGCAUCUCGGAAACGCAAUGAAAAUUCAUGAUUACAUAUUUACGUUACAACAACUUGUCAAUGACGCCUAUCUGAACAAUCACGUCAAACAAGCAGGUUCCAUGGAAACGCCGCACGACACCGACUCUAUUAUUCUAGAAAGAGAAACAACAUCAAAUAGCUCAAAGGAGGAGAAGGUUACAACUGCGGAAAUUUCUGAGACUUGCACCAUGUUCCCGAAAAUGGAUGUCAUUCAUUGGAUAAAAACGUCCGUUAUACCGGAAAAUGAGAAACGUGAAGUGGUGUCUACGACAGAUAUGCAACAGACUUAUUCAGAAACUACGAAAACUGAAUCGGUUCAAAAGACCGCUUCUGUUAUAUCUAAAGGGUUAGAAGUCGAACCUCGAAAUAUCACGCAAAAAGAAGAUAGUAAAAACUGCGCAUUACCGGUAGAAAAUUUCAAUCCGGUCCAGAUGAUCCCAGUUAGUGAAUUUAAUUUCAUGCCGGCGUAUAACAUCCCCGGUCAUGCAGUACGUGUUGCUUCUCCGCCGGUGCAGAUGUCAGCUACUUUUACUACUCCUGUUCAUAUGAUGCAAUACAGACCGGCGAAUAUUCCGGUUGGCUCUGAAUUUCCGAUAAGAUUCGGCACACAUUUAAUACCUCUUCAUUAUUUACCAGAACAGGCAAAAGAAACUGUUACCCCGGUGUCUAAACCGAACGAAACACUAGUUCCGGCGACCUCAAUUCAACCAAUCAUCAUACCACACAUUCCCAAUACGCUUAAAAGGCCAGCCGAGGUAAUGUAUCCGGUCCCAUUUCAUUUUCCGCUACAGUCAAAGGACUGUAAAAAAGACAAUACCGCUUCGCGUAAAGCAAAGAUACGUAAAACAAACAUGGCGGGUAAGUCAAUAAUGGCAAGUCCGGUGUCCAUUCCGCCUCCUUCGUUUUCACCGGACCAUCCUUGGUUUCAGUCAUAUUUAAGGAAGGUGGAUAUGAAGUUAGAGUCAAAAGAGUUGUGGGACGAUUUUUAUAAGAAUGGAACGGAAAUGAUUUUAACCCGUAUUGGAAGACGUAUGUUCCCAACGUUACAAAUUCACGUCACGGGUAUGGAUCCAAAAGCGUCAUACGUUAUCAUUGUAGACUUUUCUCCCGCAGAUCACUAUCGUUAUAAAUACGAAUAUGAAUCUUCGCAGUGGUUAAUCGCUUGCAAAGAAACUACGCCCACCCCAGGGAGAGUGUAUGUACAUCCAGAAUCUCCCGCAACUGGGGAGGAGUGGAUGAGAAAUACGAUUGAUUUUACACGCUGCAAAUUAACCAAUAAUAUUAGAGAUAAAAGAGGACACAUACUUAUGCAAUCUAUGCACAAAUACCAGCCUCGUAUUCAUAUCAUCUAUUGGAACGGGGCUCUUCCUUUACAUAUUGAUCCAAUUGAAUUGUUACGAAUCGGAUGUCGAAAAGAAUUCGUCUUCCUUCAAACACAGUUUAUUGCGGUGACAGCAUAUCAAAACAGUCAGAUAACACAAUUAAAAAUCGCAAGCAAUCCCUUUGCACGUGGUUUUCGAGGAGACUGGCGAAAAGUUUCUAGUUCGGAUGAAAAAUCGAAAAUAGAAAGCGAGCAAUCCACCACAAAGAAUUCCAAAAACUCUGACCAGCAGGAGAGUGAAUCUAGUGAUAAAAUAAUACCAAAGGAGGAAAUCCUCUCAGAGGAAGAAGAAGAAGAGGAAGAAGACGUAUUAGACAACGAAGACAAAAAAGAAGAGCUGAGUGAGACAAAAAAUAAAGUUUGAUAUUUUGUGAGUCGAAGUAUUAGAUGUCGAUUCUUCACAAAUGUCCCUACACUAUUUCAAACAAAUAAGCGAGACAAAUUUUCGCCAAUCAUUUUUUCGAGGUUUUAAGUGGAUUAACUCAGUUCAAUUGGAAUUUAAAUAUAUACCCCGUUCAAAGCAUAGCGAAAAAGGAAAAAACUCGCGGAAACUUCUCCGUAUAUUUGUUUUGAAUAAAUUAGUCGUAGUUUUGGUACUACUAUUAGGUAAUUAAAAUUUAGAAUCCGCAAAAAUCCGACAAAUUAUAAUGUAAACUCGAUAAAAAAGAAAGUCACUCGCCGUCAAUCCUGACAAGUUAUUACGCGUAAAAUCUACUUAACGUAAAAAUGACUUUCAAAAUUUAAGCAAUUCGUUUCGUCAAUAUUUCUUCUUAAAGUGGGUAUUGAUUUUAGCCUCGAGGGUAGUGACUUUUUAACAAUACGAUCAGUAUUGUAACGAGAAAUUCAGAAGUUACCAAAGUAAAAAAUUUAACAGAGUUCCAGUUCUAAGUCCGAUAUGGAACUGGAAUUCCGAUGAACAGUACUUGUUAUUUUUUUUUCUGACAGAAAACUACACCACCAUUUUUAGAACCUAAGAUGUGCUUUCAUUUUUAAUAUUUUUAUAGUUUUCUUGUGUUUGCGGAUAACUUUUCUUAUAUCCAUGUUUAUACUGUCCUUUUUUUGUCUUGGGUUUCUUGCCUCCUACCGGCAUCGAGGCUUUGGCUUUAAAAUGUUUAAAUAAUAUUUUUCUUUUUAAAAGCAUACGUUUUAACAAUAGCUUCAACAUCAUCUGCAUGUUAUGUUUGUAAACAUAUAACUUAAAAACAUACCCAGGGUCAGAUAGGGGAAUUUUUUAAGCAUGUGCUAAGUAUAUUACUUAGCCUUGCUGAGUCCAUGAUGUGUGUGGAUUUUCUGGUGUUAUGAGUAUUUUAAUUAGACGUAUUCUAUUUUAUAUAAAUAAAUAAACACCACUACACUU